AUGUGGCGCUUCGAGGCAGAGCAUCUGAGCGACAUGCUUUUGCCGAUGACAUUGGGCAUUUGCGCAAGUUGUCAAAAUGACGGCGCGCAUUGUACCAGCCAGAGUGGACAAAGUGGCGAAACUGGGCCUCUCCUGGGCUCACCAAGCAGCAGCGCCUGCGGUAGCGGAAGUGGAAGUGCCCUGGGAGGCAGUGGUUCGAUUAAUGAUGCUCGUGAUGUAAACGUGGCUCCAUUAAAAAGAGGCCACAUGCGGCGAAGCAAGGUCACAGCUGGUCUGAAAUUGACGCCUCUACAGGAGAAAGGAAUGAGAUGGUAA